AUGGCCGACUUCCGCCCCAAGGAAGACGACGACCCUUUUGCCUCGCGCUCACAUCCCAUCGGCGGCCGCCACGGCCACAACCGACUUCGGCGCGGCAACGACCUCGGCUUUGGCAACAGAAGCUACGGUGACACCGUCCGGGGCUGGAUAGACUCGUUCCGCCGCGACCCAGGCCGUCACGUCACGCCGGCCGCGGCGAUCACGUCCGAAGACCCCCGGCAGCGACAUCGACACGGGCACGGCUAUGGGCAUGGGACUGGGCAUGGGCAUCAUGAACAUCGGCAUCGGGCGGGAGGCACAUCACAUUAUUUUGACUUACAUGCGGCGAACGUUGGGACGGCGAAUACGCUGCUCUCCAGGGAGUUGAAGUCGAGGCAUCUGCAGAUGAUUGCGAUUGGGGGUUCAAUAGGUACCGGCCUCUUUGUUGCCUCUGGAAAAGCGCUGCACACCGGUGGUCCCGGCGCUGUUCUCAUCGCCUAUCUCUUCAUCGGCUGCAUGCUCUACUGCACCGUCCAGGCCCUCGGCGAACUCGCUGUUACCUUUCCCGUGGCCGGUUCCUUUUCGGCUUACUCGACACGGUUUCUCGACCCAGCGUGGGGGUUCACCAUGGGCUGGAAUUACGCUCUACAAUGGUUGAUGGUAUUACCACUCGAAAUCAUUGCGGCUUCUAUUACUGUCGGUUAUUGGAACAGCGAGAUCAGUCGUGCCAUUUUCAUCACGGUAUUUUUGUUUAUCAUUCUCGUGAUAAACCUCUUUGGGGUUAAGGGCUAUGGUGAAGCCGAGUUUGUCUUUGCCAUUGUAAAGAUCACAGCCGUGAUCGGCUUCGUUCUCUUGGGUAUCGUAAUCAACAUUGGAGGCUACCCCAAUGACGGUUACAUCGGUGGCCGGUACUGGCAGUCACCAGGCGCGUUCAACAACGGCUUCAAGGGCCUCUGCGCUGUGUUCGUAACCGCCGCUUUUGCGUUCACAGGUACUGAGCUCGUCGGGUUAGCCGCCGCCGAGACCGCAAACCCCCGACGCUCGCUCCCGACAGCCAUCAAACAAGUAUUCUGGCGUAUCACGCUCUUCUACAUCGUCAGCCUAACCUUAAUCGGCCUACUCGUACCCUACAACCACCCACGACUCCUCGGCGCCAAAUCCGCCGCCGACGCCUCCGCUUCCCCCUUCGUAAUCGCCAUCGAAUCCGCCGGUAUCUCCGUCCUUCCCGCCGUCAUGAACAGCGUAAUCCUCAUCGCCGUCCUCUCCGUCGGCAACUCGGCCGUCUUCGGCUCCUCCCGCACCCUCGCCGCCCUCGCCGACCAGCGCCAAGCCCCUUCCAUCCUGGGCUACGUCGACCGCCGCGGCCGCCCGCUCGUCGCCAUCCUCGUCGCCUCCGCCUUCGGCCUCCUCGGCUACCUCGCCGACCUCGACAGCCAAUCCGACGUCCUCAACUGGCUCCUCGCCGUCUCUGGCCUCUCCUCCGUCUUCACCUGGGGCUCCAUCUGCCUCGCUCACAUCCGCUUCCGCCGCGCCUGGCGCGCCAAGGGCCGCAGUCUCCGCGAACUCGCCUUCCGCUCCCAAGUCGGCGUCGCCGGGUCCUGGGUCGGCCUCGUGCUUAACAUCCUCGUGCUGGUCGCUCAGUUCUGGACCGCCGCCUGGCCUGUCCCUUUACCCGCCGCGUCAUCCUCCACCAAGGGGAAUACCCUCGGCAUGAACGAAAAGAACCCAACCCUCCCAACCUGGCCCUCAGCAGCCACCACCGCAGCAGCCGCCUUCCUCCUCCACCCCCACAACACCGCCACCACAGACGCCAGUCUCGGCGGAGGCCAAUCCUCCGGCGGCGCGGCCGUGGUACCGAUCGAUUCGCCGCGGGACGUAGCACAGAAUUUCUUUUUGCAGUAUCUCUGCGCGCCGAUUGUGUUGGUGGUGUAUCUGGGGUAUAAGUUUUGGUUUCGGACAAAAGUGGUGCGGAUUGACGAUAUGGAUGUGGACACGGGUCGGAGGGAAUUGGGGAAUCUGCCGAUUUUGGUGUCGAGGGAGGUGGAUGAGAUGAAGGGAAUGCCGAGGUGGAAGAAGGUUUAUAAGUUUUUGUGUUGA